AUGAAUGGCUUUCAAGUGUCGACCGGCCCUGUUGAUAACUCCGAUAUUGGUCAAGGUUACGACUCAUACCCAAACCUUUCCCUGGGCGCCUCCACGGGCGCUUCCCAUCCCAAUGGGGACAGCGAUGUGCCGGACCAGUGGACAGCGCGAGGUCCGAUCGCGAGUGGACAGUAG